GAUGCUGCGACUGCUAAGUUCGCAGAGCACGCAUUGGAUUCUCGAUCAAGAGGAGUGUUGCUCAGAUGGACCCUGGGGGUUUGCCUCGAGGCGCUGAGCUUCUACGAGGCAGCCAUCGGGCUUUUCGCAUCGUGCGUUGCCGAAGACUAUGGCAACCCGGUGCAUCCCUACAAUCGUGGAGUUUGUCAACUCCGCGCUGGAGCUUUCCGCGCCGCCUGCAGGGACUUCGACCUUGCUGUGAGUUGGUGCAUCGGCCGCGGAUUGAGUCCGCCAUUGCUCUUGCUUGCGCGGCGUGCGCUAGCAGGUGCCAGGCUUCCCGACCGACAGGCGGAAGUUUGGGCGGAUUUCGAGUUGGUGAGGAGGCGCAUGGCGCACCCGGACAUGUCGAUCAGAGCCAUCCAGCGUGAACUGGCCCUCGACAGGAUAAGCUCCUAUGGCCAAUAUCAGCGCCUGGUUGAGGAGCCCCAGACAAGCGAAGCAGCUCAUAGACACUGGGCGGCUGGUAUCGUUGCCGCUCGUCACAUGGGCUGUUCUUUUGGCGCACCCUUUGGAGGCCCGGACAUUCGGGCAGCGAGAUGCGGCUGGUCGCCUGACGGAGGUGGAGGUUGA